AUGUUUGGUGACUACAUAAAGCCCUUUACGGGCUCAAGCAAGCCCCUUGGGCCUGGGUCCAACUCCUCUGCCAUUACAAAGCUCAUUUAUGAUCUUAGCCAAGAAUUUGCUGUGAAGGAUCUCGGUGACUUGAAAUAUUUUCUGGGUGUUGAAGCUAUUCAGGUUGCAGAUGGUCUUAUCCUUUCUCAAAGUCGCUACGUCACCAACCUACUCCAACGGACCAAUAUGCAUCCUGCAAAACCAAUUUCUUCACCUAUGUCUUCAACGCAGCAGCUCUCUUUAUUCACUGGUCCUCCAUGCGCCGAUCCCUCAUUAUACAGGAGUAUUGUUGAUGCUUUACAGUAUCUCUCUCUAACACGUCCCGACAUCUCUUUUUCAGUAAGCAAAGCUUGCCAGUUCAUGCACAAGCCUACUGAUGUGCACUGGACAGCGGUGAAGCGUAUUCUCAGAUACCUCAAGUUCAUAAUUGACUUUGGUUUACUGCUACGACCCAACUCUUCACUUCAGUUGUCCAUCUACUCGAACGCCGAUUGGGCGGGGUGCCUAGAUGAUCGUAAAUCGACGUCCGGCUAUUGCAUCUUUUUGGGAUAUAAUCUAGUGUCUUGGAGCUCUAAAAAGGAACCCACUGUGGCGCAUUCUAGCACCAAAGCUGAAUAUCAAGCUGUCGCGCAUGCUACUACAUAA